AUGUGGCUGUCGAAGGAGGAACUGGAGGCCAAAAAGGAGGCAUGCAGAGUGCGAAACACGGAGUCCAACAAGGAGUUUGCAGAUUCUGAUAUUGUUGCUUCGUUUGUUCACAACCGGCCGCGGGAUCUGAAUAAUCUUACAUUCGAAAGACACGGAAAAGGAGGUCGUAAGAAAGCACCAACUCUCACAGUGAAAAGAGAAAUUAGUGAAAGAGUGGUAGAAGUUGGAACCGAUGUGAAUUGUCUUAAUGAAGGCUUUGAUUUUGCUGUUGCCAUAGUGGACACAACAACCGGAGAAGCAACGUAUCGACCAGCUCGAUAUUACUCAUUCGAAAGCAAAUAUUCUGAAGAUAUUGAAUCGCUUCUUGGUAGUAAAAAAGAGUCAAAACCCGUCGAUUACUCUGGAGAUUUUACAAUUAGUGCGGAGAAAUGGGCCGAGAAGCGUCGUCAGUUGACAACGAAUUUCGGAUCUUCUAAAAAGAUUAAAAUGGAUGAAGCUUCUCAACGAAGAACAAUCAACCAGGAGACACUCGAUGAGAUGAGAAAGACCGCGUUUGCUUCCAAUUCUAAUGUCAAAACUGAAGCUCACGAAGACAUCAAACUGGAGAAUAUUACUAUGAUGAGCAAAGCAGCUUCCUCAAUUCUUCCACCAGCUGUUCAAACUGAACUUUCUCGAGACAUCUAUCCGAUCUCCUUGUUCUUGGAAAUCGAAAUCGAUGCAGUUGAGCCGAUCGCAGCUGAAUUGAUGGAAAAGAAGAGAAAGGAUAAAAUCGAAGCAGGAAUUCCAGAAUGUGUCACUUUGAUCAUGUUCAACGAGAAAACAAAAGAAAGAUCAGCCGCUUAUCUUCUUCUCUCGACCAUGGUUGAAAUUCUUCUGAAAAUGGGAAGACAGCGUCAAAUUUUGCGAAAAGAUUUGAAUGAACUGAAAAUGCCGGAUGUGCUCAGACAAAAGAUUCUUUCCCAGUUCUUCGGUGAAUCCUCAAGUGACAAAGGAUACACUGGACGUAGUGCUGAACGGAUUCGCCUCAAUGUUACAGACUACGAUCGUUUUGUUGCCUACACACUCGCUUUGGCUCUCACUCUUGCCCCAGAGCACAAAGUCCCAUUGACACCAUUCCAACAGGCUUUCAGCUAUCAGCCUAGUAAGAUGGAAAAGAUGUUCCAAGCCCUCGGUGCCGAUAUGAUUCGCCUCGACGUGUCAUCUGCUCAAUCUCUCCGCUCUCUUCGUGCCGCCAUUCUCCUGAAACCGCCUAGCAUGGAACAGAAAGGACCUAGAAAAAUUAUUCGACGAUAG